UUUUUUUUUCUUUGCACAUACCCUAUUCCCUCUCUUCCCUCUUAAUUUCAUUAGAACAAGAAAGAAAGAGAGAAGGAAGACAGACAAAAAGAAAAAGCUUCUUUCUUUAACAACUUAUGCAUUUUACUUUUCAAAUCAUUUAUCGACCUCAGAUUCCAAACGUACUUUGCGGCGGCUCUGCAUCUACUCUUGCUAUUGCUGAUUAUCCACAAGACUGUGAUCCUGGAUAAUUUGUAUUCAAAAUGAUUUCUUCACCUCUUGGUCGUAUGCUUUCUCUUAUUCCUGUCCCUUCAAGCUCUCUUCAAUUUCUUAUUCUUGAUUGCCCAACAGAGUCCACUUUGGGCUUCUAUCUUGAUGAAUUCAAAAAACACAAUGUUACACAUGUUGUACGUUGUUGUCAACCAACGUAUAGCAUCACUCAAUUAAACGAACAAGGUAUUCAAGUUCAUGAUUUACCUUUUAAAGAUGGAGGUGUGCCUCCGCCUCAUGUAGUCCAUGAAUGGCUUUCUAUUAUUCAGCUAGAAACAGAUACACCUCAAACAAUUGCUGUGCACUGUGUUGCUGGGUUAGGAAGAGCACCUGCUUUAGUGGCUAUUGGUCUGAUUGAAUUAUCAAGUAUGCAACCCUUGGAUGCUGUUGAAUACAUUCGAAGAAAAAGAAGGGGUGCCUUCAAUAAGCCACAGAUCGCCUAUCUUGAUAUCUAUAAACCCAUCUUACGUAAAAAGAAACUCAAUCAACCUUCUCUCAAGACUUCUUUUAGUCGUAUUAUAUUUCGACUAGGCGGAUUCUCUUCUAAAUCAAAGGAUCAACCUGCAGAAGAAUUAACGUCCAUUCCUCUUAGUAGCUGUGUUUAAUUUUUAUCAUUAUCAAAUAAAAUAAAAACUUUUUUUUUUUAUAA